AUGAAAAUAACAGAUCAAGACGAUAAAGCAAUUAACUUAAGAGUUGAAGAGAUACGACGUGGAAACCUUGACAUUCUAUCUGCUUUGGGAUAUACAAUUAACAAUGGACGAUAUUUUAGAAGUAAUGGAAACACCAAUGAAGACCGCAUAGUGAAAUUGGAUUAUUUUUCCUAUCAACCGUUUUCGGUUAGCGCACUAUCAAAUAAUGAUGAGAUACGAAUNACACUAUCAAAUAAUGCUGAGAUACGAAUAUGUAUUCUACAGCAAGAUGUUUACACCCUUCCAUGUGAUUCCUAUCUCUUGAUAGAUGGAGAAUUCUCGGGAGUUCCUGCUGGCUCAGAUGUACAAUUGGUUAACAAUUGGCUAGCUCGCUGCUUCACUGAAAUAAGAUAUUUAUUGAACUCAAUAGAAAUAGAUAGAUCGCGUAUGCUUGGGAUAAUGUCUACAAUAAAAGGAUACGUCACUUUUUCACCGAAUGAUCAUACACGGUUUGAAAAUGCUGGCUGGAGUGUUGUAACUGCAAAUACGAGUAUGAAAUUCGAAGUAUGCAUACCUCUAAGGUUAUUAUUAGGAUUUGCCGAGGAUCAUAAAAAAGUCAUCGUUAAUUGUCGUCAAGACUUAAUAUUGCAACGGAGUGGUACAGAUUUAAACUGUAUUUACUCGACAAAUGAAAAUUUAUCAAGUUGUAAAAUUAUUUUGAGCAAAGUUAUAUGGAAAGUUCCACAUGUAAGUGUGUCGGAUGCCAUGCGGUUAGACAUGCUCAAAAUCCUGGAAACCUCAACACCGCUUCAAAUAGCAUUUCAAAGUUGGGAUCUAUAUGGAAAUCCCGGCCUACCAAAUAGUAAAAGACAAGCCUGGACUGUGAAAACUUCAUCGCAGACUGAGAGCCCGAGAUUUGUUAUUGUAGCUUUUCAAGUGGAUAGAAAAAACAAAAUAAACAAAGAUAGUAGUAGAUUUGACCAUUGUUCGUUAUCAUCUCUAAAAGUAUACUUGAAUUCGGAAUCGUACCCCUAUGAUAACUUGCGAAUGGACUUUUCAAAUGAUAAGUAUGCUGUACCAUAUCACAUGUACACUCAAUUCCAAGAGGCGUUCUAUGAAAAGGAGAUGGCGUGUCCUAUGCUGACAAAAACAGAAUUCAAGACAACUGCACCACUCAUUGUCAUUGACUGUUCGAGGCAAAACGAAAAAUUAAAAAAUGCGCCAGUAGAUAUUAGAUUAGAAUUUGAAUCUGAUGAAAAUUUUCCGACCAACACUACAGCAUAUUGCUUAAUUGUACACGACAAAAUGUUUGAAUAUAAUCCUAUGACUAAUGAAGUUCAUAAAAUAUUAUAA